CGGAGACAUGGACGAUGACUUCCCUCCAAGCCUAACAUCCUCAUUCUGAGAUAUUUUUUAAAAGUCUCCUCCUCCAGCUGCAUCUAUAGACUAAACUGUGGCCUCACUUUGAUGCCUUUUUGUCUGACGAGGUGCGAAUCCCGAAGGAACUGACACACUCCUCCUCCGCCUCCUCCUCCUCCUCCUCCUCGUCGUCGUGGUGCCGCAGCAGCAGCCAGCGCGAGCCCUUCAUGCUGAAGUGUGCUGACGCUGAGGGACAGCAAUUUCAGUGCAUCCCUCUGAACACACACUCACACACAUACUGUGGAGCCUUUAGGAUCUGAGCUCUUCACUGGAGACAAUGAGAGGCUACCUGCUGACUGCAAUCUUUCUGCUGCCCUUGGUGGCUCCAGAGUCCGAGCACUGUCUCAUCAAGCAUGAACAUGAGAAAUGCAUGGAGAGGAUCAUGCUGCACAAUCCCAGCGAUGAACUUGAAUUGGAGUGUCCGUGGAUGUGGGACAACCUGACCUGCUGGCAGGCGGCCAGCAUCGGAGAGGUCGUGGUGGUCAACUGUCCUGAGCUCUUUCAUGACUACAUGGAUCCUGACGAGGAGAUGGGGAAGGUCAGUCGUAACUGCACCGAGUACGGCUGGUCAGAACCUUUCCCUCAGUAUGAGGUCGUCUGCUUCUUCUAUGACAACAACACAAAACCUGACACAUACUAUGCCUCAGUCAAGGCUCUGUACACCGUGGGCUACAGCACAUCGCUGGUGUCUUUGACCACAGCCAUGGUCAUUCUCUGCAGAUUCAGGAAGCUCCACUGCACCAGGAACUUCAUUCACAUGAACCUGUUUGUGUCCUUCAUCCUGAGAGCCAUCUCCGUCUUCAUCAAGGACGGCGUGCUGUAUGCUCAGGAGGACAGCGACCACUGCUUCGUACACACAGUUGCAUGUAAAGCCAUGAUGGUUUUCUUCCAUUACUGCGUUAUGUCCAACUAUUUCUGGCUGUUCAUCGAGGGUCUGUAUCUCUUCACUCUACUGGUGGAGACUUUCUUUCCUGAGAGACGCUACUUCUACUGGUACACCAUUGUUGGAUGGGGAACUCCAACCAUCUGCGUCACUGUCUGGGCAGUUCUGAGGCUCCACUUUCAUGACACUGGGUGCUGGGAUACAAAUGAGAACACUGCCCUCUGGUGGGUGAUCAAAGGACCAGUCGUUGCCUCCAUUAUGAUCAAUUUUGUCCUCUUCAUUGGAAUAAUAAUCAUCCUGGUGCAGAAGCUGCAAUCGCCUGAUAUCGGAGGGAAUGAAUCCAGCAUUUACCUCAGCUGUGCUCAGAAAUGCUUCAGUGAGCCCACACAGGCUGUUCAGCAUUCGUGCAGGAUGUCAGAGUUAUCCACCAUCACACUGCGUCUGGCGCGCUCCACCCUCCUGCUGAUCCCCCUGUUUGGUAUUCACUACACUGUGUUCGCCUUCUCACCUGAAGACGUCAGCAAGAGGGAGAGACUGGUCUUUGAACUGGGACUUGGAUCCUUCCAGGGCUUUGUUGUAGCUGUCCUCUACUGUUUCCUCAACGGAGAGGUGCAGUCAGAGAUCAAGAGGAAAUGGCGCAGCUGGACGGUGAACCGAUACUUUGCUGUGGACCUGAAGCAGCAAAGACACCCAUCACUGGCCAGCAGCGGAGUGAACGGCGGGACUCAGCUGUCGAUCCUGAGCAAGAGCAGCUCCCAGAUCCGCAUGUCGAGCCCGCUGGCGGAGAACGCCAACAUCAGCCUCCCCACCUGAACAUCUGACUGGCGGGAAUCGAUUCAAGGUGCCGUUUCCACUAAAUGUACAUCCAGACCAACCAGAGCAGACCAAAGUGACCCCUCACAACUCUUAGUUUGAAGUCCAUCAAUUGAGGUAUUUCUGAAAGCAUUACUGGAGAUUCAUUACAAGUUCAUAGAUGACCUACAUACCUGAUUCUCUAACUAUCAAAUAUAAAAUUAACUUAAAUUAUGUUACGUUUUUAUGAUUAAUAAACGAUUUAAACGAAUUAAAAUCCAUCCAUUGAUAAAAAAAAUAUUAAAAUUAAAAUAUUCUUACAGAUACUUUUUUUUUUACAUCAUAUAUUUAGCCCCUGCUGUAGUUUGCCGUUUUACUCAUAAAUAACAUUAACAGAGUUGAUGCCAAAAUAAAAUACAAUUUGUGGAAAGGAAAGUUCAAACAAUAAAUGUAAGGGUCAAAUUCGGCUGUUGGUUUGUACAGUAAAUGUGCUUCAAAGUGCCAAACAGGUUCCCUGACUGGAUCUGAUCUUAGAACAGGUCAGAGGUCAGGAACAGCCAAACGUUCGCCUUGCUUGUACAAAUGCUUAUCGUUUAAAUGUCUCAUCUUGAAAUUUAAACCUUUUUCUACAAUCAGCCGUAAGUACAGAGUAUGUCAAAAGAUAUAUCGAAGAAAAAAAAAUACAACUCAUGGACUUUGUAAAUAGUUUUUUUUUGUGUCUGGAUCAGAGUUUUCUUUGACAUAAUGCAGUAUUGUAAUGACCUUUUCAAACGAAAGGAACUGGAGCCCAAAUCUGUAGACUUCAUCAUUAAUACAGAGGAUGGAUGAGAUCCUGCCCUGAAAUAUUUACCAGUAUUGUAUUUAAAAAAUAAAAAAAACACAGUAUUUUCUGAUUUAGAUCAAAGUGCCAAAAUGAAUGAGGGGUGGUGAUAUUUCAGUCACAACAAUUUAGACAUAAAGAACAACAUUUUGUGCUCCAUAGAUUGUUCUUAUAUUUUGAGACAUUCAUUUAAAAUAUUUAUUUAUCUGGCUUCUUAGGAUAUUCAAGGUAAACCAUCUGAAGUGCUCACAGUUGAUGACGCUUUAGUCUUUUUAAAAGUUCACAAGAAAGGGGUAACUGUAGGAACUACUGCUGAAAAAGAAGAGCAGAGUACCAGAGGGAUUAUUAAAGUUGGAUUUAAAAGAAUUGAACAACACUGAACUAAAUAAUUCUGGCACCCUAUGCUGGUGUACAUCCUUCAGUUACGCUACAGCAGCUUCUUACAGCUGACUCUCACAGACUCGCCUGUGAUGAUCUUACAGACUGUGAAAUGUAACAUAAAUGUGCCAUUUACCGGAUGCUUUUAUUCUGAGCUCCUCAUAGUGCCAUGGGUUUAUAUGUACAGUAUUUUAUUGUAGGCAAUGAGAAUCAAACCCUCCACAUCCUAAUUUCUCUGAGCCUCAAAUCAUCUUGCAAUAUUAGUUUGUUUUUCAUGUAAAACCUUUUAUUUCAACAUUUCUCAUAUUCCAAAGUGCCUCGUCAGUCACAAAUAGCUAUCACUUUUAUUUACAGUAGAAUAAACAGAUAUUGCAAACGUUUAGGCAGAGUCAUUUUUCCUGCAAAUAAUGUACAGAGUCAUAUCAUUUAUUGUUGGUCUCAGUGCAAAAUGUUUCCAUUUGUAUUGCUCUUCAAAAAAAUUAAAAUAUAUAUAUAUAUUUUGGUUAUUUAUUGAUGAAAUUCUGCAUUUUCUCCUUUUAUAUCACUUAAAAAGAGCUCUACUGUGUUCUUUUAUUUUUAAUCCUGAUGAUUUUGACAAGACUAAAGUAAUAACCGCAGAGUUCCUGCUUUAUUUAUCCUCUUGGUUGCAACGAUCACUCAUUCAAGAUAACUGAAAGUCUAUUAGAAUUGGGCGCCGACAUCCAACACAAGGGCCGCUUCAAAAACAGAAAUAUUACAAGUUGCUCCAGUCUUAACAAGACGCUUUAAUAUGACAGCUCUUGACAAUCGCAGAGUGUUGCCCAUUCCUUGUGUUUGUCUUUUACUUUGUGCACAAUCAAGCUGACAAACAAAAACUGUGCAGAUGGUCAAAUGUCAUAAUAGGAUGAAAUGUACAGGAGGAUACAUCCACAGUAAUCACUCAAGAUACUUUUCACUUCUUAUCUGUGUAGAUUACAUGAAUGUAGUAUCUUUAAACAAUGAAUUGAUGAUAUUGUUGAACAGACAUGGAUGUAUAUUUAUUUUCCAUAAUACAGUGAUAUGUGUAUUUACUUAAUGUGCAGUACUUGUGCUUUCUCAUGUGUAAUUUAUUGUAUGUGUUGUAUGAUUUCAUCACAUUGAGUGAUAUUGUCUAUUUUUUGCCAUGACUGGAUUAAGCUACAUUUUGGCACAGUGUCUCAUUACUAAUAUUAAAAGAAAAAAAAAACAUACACACAAACGGGAAAUUGCAUCCAACGCUGCAGAGGAAAUGAUGAGAGAUAAAACACAGAUAAAACCUCUGAAAAAGCAAGCCUAGGAGAUGUGUUAUUUGUAGCAUCUGUUUGGCUUCUUUUGGUAAAACAGUGUGUGACUGUGAGAUAAGACACCUAUCAAGGGAACUAGAGCUAGAGGUAGAGUAAUGAUUUAAUUUUUUAGUUGGGAAGAGUUCAGGGGUGGAACAACUGCGACAGAUAAAACACAAAGUGCGUACGAGGGUGUGAUAAAAACCACUCCGGUGCUGCUGCUUACGUGUUCUAUCACCAGCCGUCACUCUGAGUCUGAAUCAGCUCAGAUGGAAACGACCAUGUCUCAAAGCUGUUACUGUGUGUGAAAAGAAGAGUCAAAAACUCCUCACUUCACUGUGUCUGUGCUGUUUAUGUGUCUACCACAAGGUGGCAGUCAUGUGUUGCAUUUUUGUUUGAUAGUUUCAUUUAAAAAAAAAAAAAGAAGAAGUUUGGCUGGCAUUGGUUUGCUUUUGGAGAUUUGUAUUUUUGGGGAAAUAGAGGUAGGGUGGGGCAUUGAGACACAUAUAUGCCACAUGCUUAUCACUCCUCAUAUUUUCUUAUUAUUUUACACAUAAAUCAUAAAACAUCCUUAAAUUAAUAUUAUCUAAAUUAAGCCUGAUGCACAACAUUGACAGUUAGGGAUUUUGGUUAAUUCACUUUCAAACCCAGAAUUAAAUUCAAACUCACAUUUUGAGGGUAACAGAGUUGACUCUUUGAAUUUUAACUCAAACAAACUGACAUCAGAGGUCAUUUUUUUUAAAGCUAAAACUAAAUGAGGCAAUUUUGGCUUGUAAAUGAUCCUCUCUCAGAGUUAUGUGCAUUUCAGCAAAACAUUUGAGUUUUUUUUUUUUUUAAAUAUAUAUAUAUAUAAUGUGUCAAAGAAAAGCAUUUGACAUGUAUUCCUAUAGAAGUAGUCUAACAUUUUUGCAAACAUGUCCAUUCACUUUCCUACUCAAAGUUGGAUGAAAAGCCUGAGACCACAUGACACUGGGAGAAAUAUUAAGCUAGCAGCUGGCUAAUUCAGCAAAGCACAAGAUUCAAAGCAAUGGGAAGCAGCUAGCCUGGCUCUCUCUAAUGUAAACCCAUAUGAAGCUAAUUAGUAUACAGUAGCGUACUACUUUAAAAAGUAUGUACACCUUGUUACACUUAGUUUUGUACAGACCAAUUAAACUAAUACAAGUUUGAAAAUGAUGAGCAUCUAGUUAAACCUCACAGCUUACUGUUACAGAAGAUAAAGCAGCUAGUUUUUAAAUAUUUGCAAACAUAUAGCUAGCUGUACCCACAAAGCUACAUAAUGAAACAUACAGCUAGCCUAUAGGUUAUAGCUACAAUUAAGCUAGCAAGGUGUUACCACUUAUCUAAAGAAUAAAAGUCAGCCAGUAGAUGUUAGCCAAACAAUAGCUAGCUUGUCCUCUAGCUAGCUAAAAAAUAUAUCAUAUAAGUCCCCACGUCUAGUAAUUUUGACAUUUAUGUCCUUAUCCAACUCUGAGCAAGAAAACUGUUUUUGGUAUGUCACAAAAUGUCAAACUAGUCCUUUUGAAUUUAACUAUCCUUGAUGUGGCAUGCCCCUGUGUUUAAAUGCCUUUCUCCGAUGGUUAUGCGUGUUGAGCCAGUUUUAUCAAGUGUUAAGCAUAUGUGUGAGUUUGAUUGCCAACGCCUUUUUGAAUGUACAGAUGUUUCUCAGCUGCUCUUAAAUGUCGCCUGCUAUCAAUUUGCCAUAGUGUACAAAUGAUGUCUUUCCUUGAUUAUAUAUACAGUUCUCUGUAUAUUUUUGGCACACAGGUAGACCUCUUGACAAAACCUGUACUGUUUGUGAACGUGUUUUUGUAUGUUUCUGUUCAUGUAGCCUCACUGUUUUCAGAAUGUGAGUUUGUGUGAACGUUUGGGAGAGUUAAAGCUGUAUGCAUGUGUAUGUUAUGAUGAGCAUUCAUGAGGAUAUAAGUAACUUAACUGUCAAAAGAUAAUCUAUAAACCUUCAACUACAUUAUGUUUUACCUGUGACAGUGGUUUACUUGUGCAACAUGUGUUCUGGUGUCCAACAUUCAUGUCCCAAGUUGUGUAAAUUUGACUGCAAAAUAAAUCUAUCUGUGGUAUGUUGUUGCA